UGAAGUUGGUUAUAUUAUCAUUCUGUUGUGGGUGCGGUACAUCAAUUUGUCUAAAUAAUGAUGUAGUAAACAUGAUAGUAUCUUUCGUAAAUCUCGAUGAUAGACCAUCUUCAUUACUCGCUCCGAAUCUUUGUUGGGACAAAUACACUAUGACGUCAAUGGCAAGACGACUAGCCACCUCGGGAACUAACAUAGCUGUUUCUCUCCAGAACAACAAAUCUGAAUAUACUUUUCACCAUGUAAUAAUUCUGGUUGAUUUCGCAUGCCCUGGAGUUGACACUUUUCUCAAACAAGCGAGUGACCGAGGCUUCUUCAAAUCCCCCUACCGCUGGCUGCUCCUGAACCUGAACCAUGACGAGGAGUCCAUACUGGAUGAGUUGGAGUUUGUGGUUGACAGUGACGUGGUCAUUGCUAGGAAAUUUGGUGAACAAAUCGUCUUGACUGAAGCAUACAAAGUAUCGAAAAACACUGAAAUAAUUUACACAACUCGGGCAAAAUGGUAUCCAUCGAACACAAACAAGCAUCUUCUAGAAGAUUCUGAAGGCAUAAUCAAGAAAUCAACGAAUGACUCUGAUACAACGGAAAAUUCUGACUUCAUCAAAAUGAUUCCAAAUGCAAUGACUUUGAGUAAAUUUGGGGUUAUAGAAGACUAUAGAAGAUCGAAAGUGCUAUCAUAUAGAAGGAAAGACUUGAGAAAACACACACUGACUAUGGUCAAUGUUAUAACUGACACCAAUGAGACCAGGAAGCACAUGGACGAUAGAUUGUUUCUCCAUCAAGACGGUAUUGCUAAGAUGUCAUAUGGAGUAGUGAAGAUCUGUUUCGAGAUGCUGAAUGCUUCAGAGAGGCUUCUGUUCACUCACACAUGGGGAUACCGGGACAAGUACGGGAACUGGCAGGGAGUGAUACAACACCUGCUUGACAAGAAGGCUGAUUUGGGUACAUUAGCAAUCUUCACGCUCCAACGCAUGGAGGUGAUCGACUACGUCGCGAUGGUGGGGCGCACUACCGUCCGCUUCAUCUUCAGGGAGCCUCCUUUAGCAUACAUCUCUAAUAUCUUCACCCUCCCAUUUUCUACAGACGUCUGGUUGGCGAUUGUCGUCUGCGUGUUGGGUUGUGCAGUCUUCUUAUACUUCACUUCUAGAUGGGAGGCUACCGUGAGCAUGAACCAGUUCCAACUUGAUGGCUCGUCGGCUGACGUGUUGAUAUUGAUUAUUGGCGCCGUCCUCCAGCAAGGGUGUACACUGGAACCUCGAUAUGCUGCUGGAAGAACUGUGACCCUUCUCCUCUUCAUAGCGUUGACGAUCCUGUACGCAGCGUACUCCGCCAACAUUGUGGUGCUGCUGAGGGCACCCAGCUCUUCAGUCAGGACUCUGCCGGACCUCCUAAACUCACCCAUCAAAUUAGGUGCCAGCGAUUUUGAAUACAACCGUUAUUUCUUUAAGCAACUUAACGACCCGAUCCGGAAAGCAAUUUAUGACAAGAAAAUAGCCCCCCAAGGGAAAAAGCCUAAUUUCUACAACAUGAAGGAAGGGGUGGAGAAAAUUAGGAAGGGUCUAUUCGCGUUCCACAUGGAGUCCAACCCCGGCUACCGGCUGAUCCAGGAGACGUACCACGAGGACGAGAAGUGCGACCUGGUGGAGAUCGACUACAUCAACGAGAUAGAACCCUGGGUGCCGGGACAGAAGAGGUCGCCGUUCCGGGACCUUUUCAAGAUUAACUUUAUCAAAAUCCGUGAGUCGGGUAUCCAAGCCAACAUCCAUCAGCGUCUCAACGUCCCCCGGCCGAAGUGCUCCGGCGCAGUGGCCGCCUUCAGCAGCGUGGGCAUCGCCGACAUGUACCCCGCCUUGCUCGCCACGCUGUACGGCGUGCUGCUCGCUCCCGCUGUCUUGAUCCUGGAGAUCACUUACCAUAGACUGAUGGUGAUAAGAAAGAAGAGACAAGUAGUUGUCUAUGAAAACUAUUAUACACGAGUCAUAUUGGUAUUGGACAAUCUUAACUCCGCUUGUUCACCAACGCUUCAAGCACAACUGUUAAAAGUGUAUGAGACUUGCGUACCUACCGUUUUGUUUUGUACCUAUGUACAUCUGCAGUCAAAGAUCAUAAUGAAGUUAUUACCUAUUUUACUGUCUUUGAAUAUUCUUGUACUAUUAGUUAAUUCCAAAGAUGAAAACACGAUACAAUUCGUCAGAAGAUACAUUGAAAAUGAAAAUAAGCCCACUGAAUUGGUUUGCUACAUAUCUUGUUGGGAUUAUAGUAUCCAAAAGAAACUAAUGAUUGAAUUAUUUACAAUCGGUGUGAGAUUGUCUGCGUUGCUCCGACUGCCUUCGAAGUAUUUUUACCACGAUCUCCUUUUUCUGGUCGAUUUGAGGUGCCAUGGCUCUGAGCAAGUUCUUUUGAAUGCUACAUUACACAAGCUGUUCGUGUGGCCGUUCCGUUGGCUGAUCAUCGCGGAUCCUGUGACAUCGCAGUCCAUGAUAUGGGAGCUCCCAGCUAUGCCGGACAGUGAUGUGGUGUUGGCUGAGAAUAGGGGGGAAGGAUUCACAUUGACUGAAUUACACAAACCAGCAGCUAACUACUCCAUGAUCUCAACUCCGAAAGGGUUUUACAACGGCACCUUCGUCGACGUCAGGCCGUACAGGCAAAUGUUCAGGAGAAGACGGGACCUGAUGGGACAUGCCUUGACCAUCUCUAAUGUCAUCCAGGAUAGUAACACAACCAAGUACCAUAUGCUUCAAGAGAACAGGCUGGAACUGCAAUAUGAUGCUGUUGCCAAAAUCUGCUUCAUAUCAGCUCGGCACGCCUUCGAGAUGCUGAACGUCACCACCAGGUACAUUUUCAGCUACCGCUUCGGGUACAAGGUGAAUGGCAAGUGGACUGGCAUGAUACAUGACCUCCAGGAGAAUAAAGCUGACUUAGGAACAAACUGCGUGGUAUUUCUGAACCGCCUGGAAGUAGCCGUCUACACAGACACGGUAGCACCAAUGAGGAUGCGGUUUGUGUUUCGGCAGCCCCCUCUCUCCUACGUGUCGAACAUCUUCGCUCUGCCCUUCUCUACCAAUGUCUGGUUGGCAAUUAUCAUCUGUUCGUUGGCUUGCACUGCGACCUUGUACUGCACUAGCAAUUGGGAGGUUCAGAUUGAAAGGGCCUCCACUCAACUCAACGGCAGUGUUGGCGAUGCCUUGUUGUUGACCCUGAGUGCAAUAACUCAGCAGGGCUGCGCUAUAGAACCGAGGAGAGCUCCAGGCCGCAUUAUGGAAUGGGUGUUCUUCGCGGCAGUGAUGGCCCUGUACGCAGCCUACUCCGCAAACAUUGUGGUGCUCCUCCAGGCACCUUCCAACUCCAUCAAGACCUUGGCUCAGCUCGCCAACUCCAAGUUGGAGCUCGGCGCUAACGAUCUGGACUACAAUCGCUUUGUGCUAAGUCCUAACGAAACGUAUCAAGAUCACAUACACCAGAGCAUUCACGACCGGGUGAACCCCGAUGGAGGCGAGGGGAGGUUUUUCCACAUUUACGAAGGAGUUGAAAAAAUCAGGAAGGGUUUAUUCGCGUUCCACUCCAUCGUAGAGCCAGUGUACCACCGAGUGCAGGACACUUUCCUUGAGACGGAGAAGUGCGACCUGACCGAGGUCGACUACAUCGGCAGCUUCGACGCUUCCACACCUGUCAGGAAGGACUCUCCUUAUCUGGAGCUGCUUAAAGUCGUAUACAAACAAAUGCGCGAAACUGGCAUCCUCUCAGCACAGAACCGCCGUCUACAGACGCCGAAGCCUCACUGCUCUAACAAGAAGGCUGCGUUUGCCAGCGUCGGGGUCAUGGACCUUAGACCUGUACUACUUCUGAUGAUCUAUGGAGCGUUGUUGUCCAUUGUCAUCAUGUUAAUGGAAAUUAUUGUCUUCAAACUAUCAAUUCUGUAUAGAGAAAAAAAGAAGCUCUGGAUGCUGAGGGGUUCAAAAUUUGAGUUUUUAAAUUAAUUUAAUCACUUUGGAUAAUCUUCAUGCAAUGUAGUUACUAUUGUUAAAAUAUAUAACUGCU